ACAUGAACAAGGAAUACACAAGACAUAUAUUUCUGUACGACAAUAAUCUUAAAAGAUUUAACACAUUGUAACUCAGCUAAAAUAAUAUUUUAUGUUGGGCAUGAAAUGCAUUAAAUUGCCAGAACAUACACACACAGUUUAUGACCAGCAACUCUACAUUUAGACGCCGUUCGAUAAAGUGUACUGGACUCGUUAUUCCCCUUGCAAAGUGAUUAUAUAAUGUUUUGGGUUUUCUCUUAGCAAGUCAUCUUACCUAGUUCAGUUUUGGAUAUAUCUAUUCUUGACAAAAGUUUUGAGAAACACUUGUGGAUUCUUUUUGUGUAAUUCCUUCCCCUGGAAAUAGCAGUUUCAUAGUAAACAAAUCUAUAAAAUUGGAAAAUAUUACUCUUCAGAUUUGCACUCAAGAGACAAUUUUUGUUGUUUCUAUUUAUUUUCUCCAGAGAGCAACCUCAAUGGAGAUAAUCUCCAAAGAUAAUAAUUUGGAGAUUGUCGUCUCCAAAGAAUCUUAUCGAUCAAAAGAUUGGUACGUUUUCAGUCCUUACCUCCCACAACCGAAACUGUCCAAACCUCAGUAACUCUCCGGUUUUCUGUGCUCUUUAUGAAUUGCUUCAUAAAGAGCAAUUCAAAGGACUGUAUACGUUAUUACCUGCUUCCAGGCAACGCCCAGCAGCAUGCAAAUAGAUGACGAUGGCUCAGCUCCUGUCUCUAAAUAGAGGAGGUGCCUGAAUUAACCUUUUAUGUAGAAAUGAAAGUCAACACAAGAAGGAAGUCAGAAGGGAAGAACAGAACAGGGCAGGCACCGUUAACGGGAGCAGCUCAGCAGCCUGCAGACAUGACCGCCGCGGCCGAAUCCAUCAAAGAUGACUGCUUUCUGAAAAAACACCUAACAUGCCCCAUCUGCAUGGAAACAUUCACCGAUCCUGUGACCACAUCUUGUGGUCACUCGUUCUGCAUGAGGUGCCUGGAGCUCAGCGUCUCCUCAUUUCAGGUUGAUGAUGCCUGUCCUCUUUGCAAAAGGCUUCUGAAGGAAGCCCCCAAGGUGAAUAAUGUCCUGAGAGACAUUGUCAAAGAGGUGAAACGCACACUGGGUCAGAAGUUUGCUGGGGCUGCCGGCGAGGUGCCCUGUGAUUCCUGCACGGUGCCCCAGAAGAAGGCAGUAAAGUCCUGCCUUGUGUGCGUGGCUUCAUUUUGUUCAGCCCACUUGCAGAACCAUUAUUUUGCUAAAAGACUGAAGGGCCACAAACUGGUGGAACCUGUGGAGAACCUGGACACAAGGGCCUGCCCCACUCAUGGGUGCCCGCUCGAGCUUUACUGCAGGAAGCAGCAAACAUGCGUUUGCGCUCGAUGUUUGGAUGGCGGCCAUGGGGAAGUUGUCUCUGCUGAAGAGGAAUGGCAAGUGAAAAAGGAUCAAAUUGAGAACACCAAGGCGGAGUUACAAGAGAGAAUCAUGACAAGGAAAGCAAAGAUUGAUGAGAUCAAUGAAGCUCUGAAGAGUUGUGAGGAGCUGGUGACGAAAGAGUGGUGGGACAUUGAUGCUCUGUUCAGAGCUGUGGUUGACGUUGUGAAGGCAGCUAAGGCAGAGGCACUAAACCCACUUGAAGACAAGCUGCGGUUCUUAGAUAAGGAGUCAAAAAACCUCAAAGAUGAGUUGGAAGAUGAAAUCAACAAACUCGAGACAACAAUCUCAAAGCUAGACGACAUAUCGGCACUUGAAGAUCAUGUCCUAUUCCUACAGAGGUACCCAUCUGUUUCAGUCCAGGAUGUCAAGAAAGACUGGAAGAACAUUGAACUUGACACCACUCUUUCUUUUGGCUCCAUGAGAGAAACUGCAACAACAAUGAUUGAAAAUAUCCAGCAGCAACUGGAGAAGCUGGCCGCCAUUGAACUUAUGAGAUUUCCAAAGUUUGAAGUGGACGUGAGGCUGGACCCAGAAACCGCACACUGCCGCCUGGUUUUCUCCAAUAAUGGCAGCAAAGUGGAAGACAGAGGAGAAAACCGGGAAGUGGCAGAUUCUCCAAAGAGAUAUGACGUGCUUGGCAGCGUCCUGGGACUCAACACCUUAGCAACUGGGAAAUCCUACUGGGAGGUGGAGGUUGGCAGCACAACCGGGUGGGAUCUAGGUGUAGCCAGAGGCAGCGCCAACCGCAGGGGACGACAAGCUUUAAACCCAGAGAAUGGCUACUGGGUUCUGGUACAUUUUGAAGAGUGUGAUGUACCCAAGCCUUUUACAGUGUAUGCAGUCAUGACAGCUCCACCUGUUUCACUUUCUAUCAAAGACAAACCAAAGAAGAUUGGUGUGUUUGUGGACUAUGAGGAAGGCAUCGUGUCCUUCUACGACGUGACGGCCCGGUCUCACAUCUACUCGUUCUCCAAGUGCUCAUUCCAAGACGAGCUUCGUCCGUAUUUCAGUCUGCACAUGAAAUAUGAGAUGAACUUUGAGCCUUUGACUAUUUCAAAAAUAAAGCAUUGAAAAAUGAAUUAGGACUGGAAGCAUUUGCCCUUCUACAUUAUUCGGUCAGAGUAUUCAGACCUAACUUUGAGUAGAAGAGAAGAAUUCAAUGAUUUGAUGCGUCAGAGAAGAACAUUUAAAAAAAAAAAUCAAGCCAACACAGAGUGUGUUUUCAUUUAUAGUAACUGUAGCUUUACGAGGAAGAGUCAUCACCUGGAAACAGUUUAAUUCCAGGAAAUGAGUUUGAGAUGUUUUGUGUAAAUCUGUGUGUGAACAGACGAAAGGGAGUUGCAAACUGGGAUCAAGGGUCAAAGUAUGUUUUCUGUCCCCAAUUGGCCACUAGUUUUACAUCAUGGUGAGACUUUUAGGAUUAGAGAAACAAGGAAAGAAGUAUAUAAAGCCUAUCUUUUUUUUAUACUCACUUUGUAAUAUUGUUUAUCAGUGUUUGUAUAUUCAUGCUGAAUGUUUAUUUCCUUUGCUGCAAUUUGACAUCUUUGCUUGCUUGACACCUUGGUGGACAAAACAACAGGAACUUUGGUUAUUCUAUCAUUUCUUUUUAAAUAAUCUGCAGUUUUGAAUUCUUGAAAUACUUUUUCUCCAAGUUUGUGACAUAAAAACAUGGUUAAAAAAAAUAAUAAAAUAUUUUGUGUCGUGCCUGA